AUGGGGAACACUUCAUGCGUGUUUUGUGGGUGCGUUGAUCAGGCUAGCGUAGGGGUGGUGGAGAAGUGGGGGCGGUUUCAGAGGCUGGCGGAGCCGGGGUUCCACUUUUUCAACCCGCUUGCCGGAGAAUGCCUCGCUGGAAUUCUCUCGACUAGGAUCAAUUCUCUCGAUGUCAAAAUUGAGACCAAAACCAAGGACAAUGUCUUCGUUCAAAUGCAUUGCUCAAUUCAAUAUCGAGUAAUCAGGGGAAAUGCUGAUGAUGCCUUUUAUGAAUUACAAAAUCCCGAGGAGCAGAUUCAGUCUUACGUAUUUGAUGUUGUUCGAGCUCAUGUUCCUAGAAUGACUUUGGAUGAGCUUUUUGAACAAAAAGGUGAUGUUGCUAAAGCUGUCUUAGAGGAACUUGAGAAGGUGAUGGGAGAAUAUGGAUAUAACAUAGAGCACAUAUUGAUGGUCGACAUCAUUCCUGACCCCUCUGUACGCAGAGCAAUGAAUGAGAUAAAUGCAGCUCAAAGGAUGCAGCUUGCUAGUGGAUACAAGGGAGAAGCAGAGAAGAUUCUCCAGGUCAAGAAAGCAGAAGCUGAUGCUGAAGCCAAAUAUCUUGGUGGAGUCGGGGUCGCUAGACAGCGUCAAGCAAUUACCGAUGGCUUGAGAGAGAACAUCUUGAACUUCUCCCACAAGGUUGAAGGCACCUCGGCUAAGGAGGUGAUGGAUCUUAUCAUGAUCACCCAGUAUUUUGACACAAUCAAAGAUCUUGGAAAUAGUUCCAAGAACACAACAGUUUUCAUACCCCAUGGUCCAGGUCAUGUCCGGGAUAUUGGUGAGCAGAUACGCAAUGGACUGAUGGAGGCUUCAGCUGCACAGUCCACUCUGUUGAAUAAACCAAAAUGGUUGGAUUCUUGA